AGAAGUGCAGAUUUCAGAAGGUAGCAGAGAUGUCGAAUGUUUCAAGUUUGAAUAUCAAAAUCAAAGUAAGAUCUCAGUUUUUAUCUCCGGGUGUCAAGUAUGGAGUUCAUCUAGUCUUUAAAAUUUGUGGCCCGAGAAAAUUUUUGAGUAAAUUUUUGUAUGUGAACUUAACAUAUAAAAUGGGGAAUGAAACCUUCCAUGCAUAUUUUGCAACAUGGAGAGAUGAAGAGUGGAUGACAAUUGAAUUGUUCCGAUUUUUGAAUAACAAGAAAAACACCAAGUUUGAGGCUCUUCUAGAGAGCUUUUCGCAAUACUAUUGUGGAAGUGGUGCCAUCUAUGUUGAAGGUCUUGAAUUUCGAGUCAUUCACAGUGUGAAACAUGAAGAAACUGAAACUACUGAAAAUGUUCAACAAUCCCUGAAAUCAAACUCAAACAAGGAUGACGUGCAACAACCACAAGAUGAUCAUGUGAUGCUUAAGAGAACUGAAGAUGAUGGCAAGUCAACAAAGUUUAUAACACUACACGAAGUGAACCGAAAGAACUAUCUUAUGCUUUCAGCAAAGGAAGUUUUAUACGACUCUUCAAAUGUCAAGCUUUUUCAUUUGAAAGCCUCAUCCCAGUCCAGAUUUCAAGAAGUGGUUGAGCUUCAACCGCAACAAGUUUUCCGAAUCUAUUGCAAGAUUAAAACUCAAAUGUUGUCACGAGAUACAAACUAUUCUUGUUACCUUAUUUUCAAGCUUUCAGAAAAAUGUCUCGGACUGCAUUGUCCAGUGAAAGUACGAAAUUUACUCCAUAGAAAAAACAAAGAGGCUAAAAAUGUUUAUUUUAGAUCCCCAAGCCCAUGGAAUUUGCAUGAUAUCGACUGCGUUCCAAAACAAAGGGAAGAUGGAUGGAUGGAGGUUAAUUUGUGGAAGUUUAGCUCAAUCAAUGAACUUAAAAAUGAUUGUAUCCCUGUUAAUCUGAAAUUGAUAUGCUAUGAAGGAACUAUGUCACACCUCAUUGUAUGUGGCCUCGAGUUUAGGCCAAUGUAAGAAUAUUUAUAUGAGAAAUUCUCUUGAUUUGCGAUUGUCAAUCCCAUAGAUUAAUCAACAAUUUAUAUUCUCAUUUAUACA